UAUUCGCAGUGGAGUCAGCGAGCGUGCAGCGACGUCGUCCACGAACCGCCCGCGAAGCGUCGGGGCGACCCCGUAUUUAUUCCCUUCUUGCCAGCAACCAUCAAGUCCUCGUGCGUAUAAAUCCUGAAUUGCUGGGACAAGAAGAAUGGCUGCUCCUCAGAAGAAAUCCCUUCCCUUUAUCGCCAACUUUACGGCUGGGGCCAUUGCUGGCAUUUCAGAAAUUCUCACUUUUUAUCCCCUUGGUGAGUUCGUGAAAACGCGUAUGCAACUCGAGACGGGCAAGUCCCAGCAUGGUCUUGUUGGUAGCUUCCGUACGAUCAUUCGGGAAGAAGGCUUUGGUCGACUAUACAGAGGUCUUGUCCCUCCACUGUUGCUCGAGGCACCGAAGCGUGCGACGAAAUUCGCAGCCAAUGACUUCUGGGGCAAAACUUAUCUCAAGGUGUCGGGCGAGUCGAAGAUGACCCAGUCAUUGUCCAUCCUUACGGGCUGCAGCGCGGGAGCGACAGAGAGUGUUGUCGUCGUUCCGUUCGAGCUCGUCAAAAUCAGGCUCCAAGACAAACUUAGCACGUACUCGGGCCCGAUGGACGUCGUGAGAAAGGUUAUUGCGAAGGACGGUGUGCUGGGGUUGUACUCGGGUAUGGAGGCGACGUUCUGGAGACACUUCUGGUGGAACGGUGGCUACUUCGGAUGCAUCUUCCAAGUACGGCAACUGCUCCCCGAGCCCGAGACCUCCCAGGCUCGCCUUAUGAAUGACCUGAUCGCGGGUAGCGUUGGUGGCUUCGUCGGCACUGCAGUGAACACACCUUUCGAUGUUGUCAAAUCUCGUAUCCAAGGUACGACGAAGGUCCCUGGCGUAACCCCCAAAUACAACUGGACAUACCCGGCCCUCGUUACGAUUAUGCGGGAAGAGGGUCCCGUGGCGCUAUACAAGGGCUUCGUCCCGAAGGUGCUCCGACUUGCACCUGGCGGCGGUAUUCUCCUGCUCGUGGUUGAGGUGACACUAGGCUUGUUCCGACAGGUGCUUGGCCCGCCGUACAUCUGAGGUUGACAAUGGCGACAUACGAAUGCGGGGUAGUUGGGGUCUCCGCUCGGGCCUGACAUGUAUGAUGCGUCUAGACGUGCUGCCAAGAUAUCCAUGUGGUUGUUAGUGAAGUGACUCUCCUGUCUAAUCAUCAGUUUCACUUCCU